UGUGGAUUACAUAUCUUGAUCACAGAAUAGAAUAAUAAAAAAUGAUCAUUCAUGGGAGGGGAGAAGGAAGAGGAGGAGGAUUGAGAAAAUGCUCGAUUGUCACGUCAUGUGGGAGAAGAGAAAGACUUCAAACGAGACUUGCUUGCAAUAUCUUUUUAUCGUCGACGUUGGCAACAACUGCACGGUUUCCAAAGCAAACAAGUAUUUUGCACCGCCUUUGAGGGAUUGGAGGGUUGGCGUAUUUCAGAAGCCCUCGCCUUUUACUGCAACCUGGAGGCAAAAGUCUUCUAAAUAUAUCCUUAUGAAUCAUAGUUUGAAUGACGUAUGCAUUAGACUCUGUAGGCGUUUUCAGCAGGAUGGACUUGUGAGGCAGUCGUUGAGCCUUUGUAGAAGGGGUGUGUUGACUCUGGCUUCCGUUUGCACAGUGUUGUCAGCAAAACCUUUCUGUAUGUCUGCUGAAACCAAUCUUAUGAGUCCCUCUUCUUUACUAGUGCCCCAGGAGACUUGUACAACAGCGGUGAGAAAGUUUUCAAGAAACAGUGACGAUAGGAAGAGCAUGCUUACUUUGGCGACAACAAUACAGCCUAUUCUUCGAACACAAGGAAAAACAGAAAAGUCACUUGAUUUUAACACUCUCCUAGCUUUGUAUUUCCUCACCUUCAUAGCUUUGGUGCGUUUGUGUUUUUUGUUGGUUACUUAUUUUCAACAACGUCGAAAGGAACAGCAGAUACAAAGAGAGAAUGAAGCAGGAGCAGAAAGUGUAUCUACUUUAGCUGAUGACAAGGAUGCUAUUGAAAACUUUCGUCGAAGAAUGAAUGAAUUCUCUGUAGAAACCGAUGAAGAUGAAGAUGACGAGUUGGAAAGUGAAGAAGAGGAACUGAGGAAUGGUCGUAGACGUUCCAUUGACGGAAGAAGAUUCUCUGGUGGCUGGAGAAAAGGUGGUAUGGGAACUAAGCAACCAUCUUCAUCAUCUUCCAUAGUGUUUGAAAGACCCAACGACCCAAAGGAGCGGCCUUCUUCAGGAGUUUCUCCUGAGCAAAUCGAAAUGCUGAAACGAAUGUAUGGCGGUGAUAUAAAUGUCGAUGACAAUGAAAAGGACAAGAAGAACCCCAAAUGAUGGCAAAGAAAGAUUACUCGGAAUGU